GAUAUACUCGCAGUGUUGUUCAAGAUCGGGGAAAGAUGGCAGCGCCCCGGAGCCUAGCGCUGUGUAGGCGCGCGGGGCCACGAGCCCUUAACGCGGUCCUGCACAGCCAGUCUCGCGUGCUGUGUCUGUCGCCGCAGCGGCGGUACGUCAGCAACACAGCGGGGAACUGUCUGCAAUUUAAACUGGACGAGCGAACCGCCCACAGCAGCCUGGACCUCUUCAAGAAGAACACGGGCGUCAUUUACCGAAUUCUGGGUCUGGACCCCAGCCUGGUUCUGGACAACCCCGAGCGGUUCCGGGACUGGGCGGUGGUGUUCGGGGACGGGCGCGUGGACGGCGGGCGCCACUACUGGGAGGUGACCGUGCGCAAGUCCCAGGAGUUCCGCAUCGGCGUCGCGGAGGCCAGCAUGUCCCGGGACGACUGCGUGGGCACCAACAGCUGCUCCUGGGUGUUCGCCUACAUGCAGCGCAAGUGGUUCGCCAUGACCACCAACGAGAUGGUGCCCGUGUCCCUGGCGGGCAAGCCGGACAGGGUGGGGCUGCUGCUGGACUAUGAGGCAGGCUGGCUGGGGCUGGUGGAUAUUCAGGAGCCCCUGGUGAUCCACCGAAUCAGGGCCCCGUUCAGGGGUCCGCUGUGUCCCGCCUUCGCCCUGUGGGACGGGGAACUGCUCACCCACUCGGACAUGGAGGUGCCCCCGGGUCUGGAGUGAGACUGAUACACAUUCAGAUUUACACCCAAAACUGUGGGAACCGGGGGUUGUGAUGUCAUCGGCGGUGAGGAAAGGAAGACUCGAGGAUCUCGCACUGCGGUCUCCGUGCACGUGCAGAGCGGUUUCUUAGUGCUGUUCUUAGUGCUGCACACAGGUUCCCUCCUCAGUUCUGGCGCAGUGGCGAGCAGGGACUAAGUGUGGCGUGUCCAUUUUGCAUGUUUUCAGGUUAUAAUGCCCGAGUCAAACUCCUCACCCAAAGCUCAUUUUCUGCCUCAUCUUGUCAGGGUGUCUUUGCAAUAAACUUUACAUCGUGUUAAAAGAUGUGCGUUACGGGAGUUGCCUCCAGGCAGUUAUGAGAAAAGCCAUAAAAAGUUUAACCAGUUUUUUUUUUUACAUUAUUUUGUUAAAGCAAAUUUAAAGCAUUUCACAAUGUAUUAAUUAGGACCUUGCUUGGACCUGUUACCAGAAACAUUUACAUAAUAAAAUAAAGUGCACUACUUGUUCA